GGCUCGCCCAGGAACAGCUUGGCUUGGCUACCUUAUGUAAUCAGUCGUCCCCAACCCGGCUCUCUCACCGCCCUCGUCCCCCACCGCUAGGGCUGUGGGGUUGAAUUGACGCACGAAAUAUUUCGUGCCGCGAAUUUCGCUCCUUCGAUUGUGCAACCCGUGAGUCGACCUGCUGAACACGCAUCGCCCACCGACAAGCAGUCAAAAUGGCCUUCCACAAGCUGGUCAAGAACAGCGCGUACUACAGCCGCUUCCAGACCAAGUACAAGCGCAGGAGAGAGGGCAAGACCGAUUACUAUGCCCGCAAGCGCCUGAUCACCCAGGCCAAGAACAAGUAUGGCGCGCCCAAGUACCGCCUUGUCGUCCGCUUCUCGAACCGCGACAUCAUCACCCAGAUCGUGACCUCCGAGAUCAACGGCGACAAGGUCUUCGCCGCCGCCUACUCGCACGAGCUCCGUGCCUACGGCAUUGAGCACGGUCUGACCAACUGGGCCGCUGCCUACGCCACCGGCCUCCUGCUCGCCCGCCGUGUCCUCGCCAAGCUCGGCCUUGACAAGACCUUCACUGGUGUUGAGGAGCCCGAUGGAGAGUACACUCUCACCGAGGCUGCCGAGACCGACGACGGCGAGCGCCGCCCCUUCAAGGCGUUCCUCGACGUCGGUCUUGCCCGCACCUCGACCGGUGCCCGUGUCUUCGGCGUCAUGAAGGGCGCCUCGGACGGUGGCAUCCUGGUCCCCCACUCCGAGAACCGCUUCCCUGGCUUCGACAUGGAGACCGAGGAGCUCGAUGCCGAGGUUCUCAAGAAGUACAUCUUCGGUGGUCACGUCGCCGAGUACAUGGAGACGCUCGCCGAUGAUGAUGAGGAGCGCUACAGGAGCCAGUUCGUCAAGUACAUUGAGGACGAUAUCGAGGCGGAUGCUCUGGAGGACCUGUACGCCGAGGCCCACAAGGCUAUUCGGGAAGACCCCUUCAAGAAGUACGAGAGCGACGCUCCCAAGAAGAGCAAGGAGGAGUGGAAGCAGGAGUCGCUCAAGUACAAGAAGUCGAAGCUCACCAAGGAGGAGCGCGAAAAGCGGGUGCAGGAGAAGAUUGCCGAGCUUCGGGAGGAGUAGAUGGUUUUCUUUUGCUAGGUACUGGUCGCACAUUAUCUGGGCUCAUGGCUGCUUGUUCUUUAGGAGUUUCAUCGCAUGGGACGGGGCGGGCAAAUGGGACAAUGACCAGGGUUCACCAAAAAGAGGCCAAUCAACUUCCGAGCUUGCGUAUAAAGCUCUG